CCAGGACGCCAAAUCGUCGCCUAGGCGACUCCAUGACAACUAUGGUUAGGAAAAAUACCAUCUUUACUAAAUUGUAUGUUUACUAUUUUUAGCACAUCCGAAUUUACUAUUGUUAAAAAGCCUAAGGCUUCUUUUACAUGCUUUUCACCUUUUUCCCUCCCUUUUGCUAAGUUUUGGUGAUGAAGUUAUCGAGGUUUUCCAUAUUCUCUUAUUUAAGCAUGUUACUUGUAGGAUAGGGUUCUUCCCCAUGUAUCCUGCAUCAGUGUAUCAUAUCAAUCUUCAACCCAAUGGGAAUUUUGUCCCUUUUGGCCAUUUGAAGUUGACGCAAGUCAAUAAAUCGUUCAGAUGUCAUUGAAAACCCAACAUUUAAGGCCUAAAAUGAGUUUAUUUGUAGUCGGGGGUAAAUUCGGGAAUAAAAAUGUUCUAAGGGGUCGAGGUGGUGUUUGAACAAGUUAGAUUGAGGUAAUCAAUAAGAUAGUGGAUUUGAUGAAUGACAUUCAUAAAGUUUGCUUGAGAGAACCCUUUUAAGUUUGCUCUUUCGCGUGAUUACCCUUUAGUGUCUAUUUUUUUUCUCACAGGGUGUCCGUUACUGUAAGGAAAGCCGGCUCAGUUGGCUUACUAAUAUGACCACUUGUACCUAAUAACCAUAAUUUUUUGGUUCCUUCAGUGGAUCAUCCAUUUACUCUCUCUGCCCCAUAUUUCUUAUCUCAGUACAUUUCCUUUUCAGCGGUUUGGGGUGGGGCCAGAUUGGCAGAUGCCCUUGAACUUGUGGGAAUACCUAAGCUGACAGCUAUCACACCAUCAGGAGGAAAGCAUGUUGAAUUUACUAGUGUCGAUAAGUGUAAGGAAGAGAAUGGGGGUCCAUAUAAGGCAUCCAUCCCUUUAAAGCAGGCAACAAGUCCAGAAGCUGAUGUAUUACUUGCAUAUGAGAUGAAUGGAGAGAUUCUCAAUAGGGAUCAUGGGUAUCCAUUGCGUGUAAUUGUCCCUGGGGUUAUUGGUGCCCGCUCUGUUAAAUGGUUGGAUUCCAUCAACAUAUCUGCAGAAGAAAGCCAGGGUUUCUUUAUGCAAAAGGACUACAAGAUGUUUCCACCAUCUGUCAACUGGGAAAAUAUUAACUGGGCUACCCGAAGGCCGCAAAUGGAUUUUCCUGUUCAGUCCGCUAUUUGUUCCUUGGAGGACGUGGAUGUGGCAAAGGAUGGAAAGGUAACGGUUGCUGGGUAUGCAGUAUCUGGAGGUGGACGUGGAAUCGAGAGAGUGGAUGUAUCAAUCGAUGGAGGGAAGACAUGGGUGGAAGUGGCCACGUACCAGAAGCCAGAUGUUCCAUAUGUUGCAGAUGAUAUAAGCUGUGACAAAUGGGCAUGGGUAUUUUUUAAGGCUGAGGUUGACAUCCCAAAGAAUGCUGAGAUAGUUGCCAAAGCGGUUGAUGUAGCAGCAAAUGUGCAACCUGAAGACGUGGCUGUCAUCUGGAACUUACGUGGAGUACUCAAUACAUCGUGGCACAGGGUCAAAGUCAGGGUCAGUCGCUCCAAUCUGUAGAUCAGGCACGGGAAACAGUUACUAUAGGACAAUGUUCUGCUGUUGUGUGCAGUUCUUUUACAUUCUUUUUUAUCAGAACUCAAAAACAGAAAUUUAGCUUGAUUAUCAUCCAAAGAACAUGGUCCGAUGGUUCGGAAGGGUUGUGAACUAAUGUUGUCAUCGUGGCAACCGUGGUUCGAUCAUGAAUAAAAGGUAUGCAAGUUAAACCAGACAA